CAUGCGCAGUAACGGGGAAACGCCGGUUAGCGGCGACGAGGUUCACCUGUGGAUCCAACUUGUAUAGGGUAUAAAUACGGACAUUAUGAGCCUUCUGAAAUAGGACUAACCAGUCUGAAAUGCGUUAAGCAUGGCUCACGUAUUUGUAUGUUUUGGACUCCAGGACCGGAUCAUCAUUAUGAGGAACUGUUUUUUCCUGUGUGGAACUGGGCAUCCGGAGCUUGGGACCUAUCCACUGCCAAACCAUCUAGAGUACCAGGAACCUCCCAGGGUAUAAUAUCGAGAUUGCUGUGUCUGAUGGAGUCUAUUGUGAUAUGCUGUUUUUACUUAAGUGUCUUUUGACUGCUGUAUCUGGAUUUUCUGGAGGACCCUGAAUACCCCAGUGUAACAUUCACACAAGAUGCAUUUGGAUAAGCAGCUGUGCAUUCUGGCUGCUGUCGUCAUUUGUGCCUCUGCCUCACAUUUCCUUGACCAAGAGUGGGACGCAUGGAAAUCCAAAUACGAAAAGAAAUAUGUCACUGUACAUGAUGAGCAGUUUCGGAGGAAAGCUUGGGAUGAAACCUGGAAAAAGGUGCAGAAACACAAUCAACUGUUUGAACAAGGUCUCACUAAAUAUACAAUGGCCAUGAACCAGUUUGCCGAUAAAACACCAGAGGAACGUAGCUCCAUGAAUUGCCUGUCCAGUAAAGAUAACUUGUCGGUCCACAACAAUAUUCCUGUGCAGGUUAAUGCAAAAAACCCGGACUUACCAAAAUCCGUUGACUGGAGGGAUUCAAAAUGUGUGACAGAGAUAAAAAAUCAAGGGCAAUUUUGUGGAUCCUGUUGGGCAUUUGCUACGGUGGGCGUGCUUGAAACACAUUAUUGCCUCAAGAAGAAGGAGCUACUUGUGCUGAGCGAGCAGCAGCUUGUAGAUUGCGAUAGCGUAAAUGAGGGCUGCUGCGGAGGAUUUCCAAAAGCUGCAAUGCAGUAUCUGUCACAUCAUGGAGUCAUGCUGGCCAAAGAUUAUGAGUACUCACAGAAGCAAUUCACCUGUUUAUACAAACCUGAUAAUGCAGUAACAGUUAAUGUGAGCAAAUACUAUGUUCUGCCUGGAGAAGACAAUAUGGCAUCAUCUGUGGCAUUUGAUGGACCUAUUACAGUUGGAAUUGAUGCAAGUGAUGACUUUCAGAUGUAUAGUAAAGGUAUUUUUACUGGCGACUGUAGCAAAGAGGCAAAUCAUGCAGUCAUUAUUGUGGGAUACGGCACAGAGCAUGAUGAAGAGGAAGAUGAGGAUAUUGAUUACUGGAUCAUAAGGAACAGCUGGGGCAAGAUGUGGGGAGAGAACGGUUAUGCAAAGAUGAGGCGUAAUGUUGACCUGUGUGGUAUAACAUCAGAGGCAGCCUCCCUGGAUUUGGAACACUAGUUCCCUAUAGUUUCAGCCACUGAAGAAGCAGAAGUCUGUUGUAGGAGAUGACCCCCUAUUUUAUGAAGAAAAUAAUUGUAUCCAUGUCUACAGCACUUAUAUUGUAUUCUGAUUGAACAUCUCUUUGUAAAUAAAGAUUCUUAAGCAA